GAUUGUGGGGAGUAGAAAGAUAUAGGAGUAUAUAAGUGAACUCUUUUAACAACAAUCUCAGCCGCCUCACUGGUAGAAGCAGCUGAAGCAGUAGAAAGAAAGGAGAAGGCAGGAGAUGUCAUACUCGCUCAUCCCCAAAACCCUAUCACUCUCUUCUUCCUCUCCCCUCCCUUUUCCUGAUAAAACUUCUCCCCCAUUUCUCAAAUCUUCUCUCAAUUCCACACCCAAUAGACCCACCAUUGUUCCUUCUAUAAAGGCUUCUCUUUCAACCUCUCAGCCACCCAUUUUAGAAUCCUCCAAAUCCGACUUAGCUGGUCAGCUCCGGGUCGAGAUCCUCUCUGAAUCCCUACCCUUCAUCCAAAAGUUCAGGGGCAAGACCAUCGUCGUCAAGUAUGGCGGCGCCGCCAUGAAAUCCCCUGACCUUCAGGCCUCCGUCAUUAACGACCUCGUCCUCCUCUCCUGCGUCGGCCUGCGCCCCGUCUUCGUUCACGGCGGCGGCCCUGAGAUCAACCUCUGGCUUGGCCGCUUUGGCCUCGAGCCCAACUUCCUCAAUGGCCUCCGCGUCACUGACCACUCCACCAUGGAAAUCGUCACCAUGGUUCUCGUUGGCAAGGUCAACAAGCACCUUGUCUCCUUGAUCAACAAGGCCGGUGCCACCGCCGUCGGCCUCUCCGGCAUGGACGGCCGUCUCCUCACUGCCCGACCCAAUCCCAACUCCGCCCAGCUCGGCUUCGUCGGCGACGUCGCCCGCGUCGACCCCACUAUCCUCCGCCCCCUCAUUGACAACAACCACAUUCCUGUAAUCGCUUCCGUGGCCUCCGACGAGACUGGCCAAUCCUAUAACAUCAACGCUGACACCGUUGCCGGAGAAUUGGCAGCCUCAUUGGGUGCGGAGAAGCUGAUUUUGUUAACAGACGUGGCCGGAAUUCUCGAAAACCGGGACGAUCCCUCGAGCUUAGUGAAGCAAAUUGACAUAAAAGGGGUUAAGAAAAUGGAGGGGGAGGGGAAGAUUGGUGGCGGAAUGAUUCCCAAAGUGAAUUGUUGUGUUCGAUCUCUAUCACAAGGGGUUAGGACUGCUAGUAUCAUCGACGGCCGCCUUCCUCAUUCACUCCUGCUAGAGAUCCUCACUGAUGAAGGUGCCGGCACAAUGAUCACUGGGUAACCUCACCUGUAAUCGAAUUUCCAUAUUUGCUUGUAUUUUAUCUUAUUCAGUAAGAUAAUAACUCUCGGAUUGAGUGGUUGGAUUGCGCUCAUUCACUAUCAGCAUCAGUUUGUGAUUUUUCCUGCCUUCUUGAGUUGAAUCUCAAAUGGGAAUUAGAACUUUGGAUGGCAAUCUGAUGGUCUCUGUCUUAGAAUUUGCCAUUGGUUCUGCAUGAACUGCAACAGAAUUUUUAGUCAAGAUGAUUCUUGUGCUAGUACAAUGCAUUUAUGCGGUAUUCUUUUUCUC